AUGGCCUUGUUGCAAUUAAAAGUGACAAGACAAGAGGACUUGAUGUGUACAUCACUGUCAUCACUAGGUCGUAAAGGGGACAUAGUGGACAUCAAGUUUGUUACAUAUCGAAGAGAUGAAACACCUGAAAUUGCCGCGGAAGGACAAGUGACAUUGCUGAGAGAUUCUCCAAUAACUCACAAGACAAUCGAUGUAUGUUCAUAG